UCGAUCGGUCAUCAACCUCAACCUCUCAAUCAUCAUGUCCUGGUUAUCAGCUCUCGGUGGUGCUGCAAGUUCUUUGAUAUCAAAAGGUGGUGGAUUACCCAACUUACCAGCAUAUGGAUUAGGAAACAAAGAUCCUUCAUACGAUAAUCAUUCAAUUUGGACUUUAUACGAUGGAAUCAAACGGGAUGAUAAUAGCAAUGUUUCAAUUUUUAUUUACGAUACAAAUCAACCUUCAAAUUCAUUUAUUAGUUCAAAAGAUAAAAAAGUGAUACUUGGUUUUGCAAAGAACGCAUUGAAGAAACUGAAGACCUUAAGACAUCCUGAUAUUUUGAAAUUUUUAGAUGGAACUGAAACUCCAACGGCUGUUUAUAUUAUUACUGAAAAAUCCACUUCACUUUCUGCUAGAUUAGAUAUCAAUAAUGGAAUCGUAAAGAAAUCUAAUGCUUCAGAUGUAGAAUGGAAGAUUUGGGGAUUAAGUAGAAUUGUGUCUGCUUUGAAAUUUAUUAACGGUCCAGGUAGUUCUACACAUGGAAAUUUAAGACCUUCUUCAAUCUUUGUUACUCAAUCUGGUGAAUGGAAAUUAUCAGGUUUUGAAGUUUUGAGUAGUCCAAAGGAUCCUCAACCUAUGCUUUAUUCACUCGGUGGUUUGCUUCCUGAUUCUUCACGAUAUGCAAGCCCAGAGACACAAAAGUCAGGAUACGAUGUUUUGAAAGACUUAGACCCUGCUUGCCUAGACUCCUACCAAUUAUAUCUAUUAAUGCAAACUCUCUUCAAUGAUGUCAUUCCAACUUCCGAAGGUCCAUCCCAACAACGAGGAUCAAUCCCUCCAGCACUCUUUGCAGUUGCUAGAAGAUUAGCUUCUGCAAAUCCUUCUUCUCGUCUUAAAUCAGAAGCCUUUUGGGAAAUUGGAUUUGGAUCGGGAGAAAGUGGAGGAGGAGGAGCAGGUGGUUUUUUCCGAGAAAAUCGUUUGAUUAAAGUUUGUGAAGGAUUAGAAGGAUUUUCAUUGGCAAGUCAAGGUGAAAGAUCUAGUUUGAUGAGAUCAAUUAAAGAUUCGGCGGAUUCUUUACCACCUGAAUUUCUCAAGUUUAGGGUUCUUCCUUCACUUUUACAAUCUUUUGAUCAUAGUGCUGAUGGACCAACACUCUUACCAUUGGCAAUUUCGAUUUCUUCAUCACUUAAUCAGGCCGAAUUUUCUUCUAUUUUACUUCAACCAUUGAUUAAACUUUUCGCUAGUCCAGAUAGAGCCAUUCGAUUAUCAUUGCUUGAAUUAUUGCCGCAAUAUGUUGAAAAAUUAGAUAGAUCAGUAGUAGUAGAUAAAAUUUGGCCAAAUUUACUUACAGGUUUCGCUGAUACUGUACCUUUGAUAAGAGAAGCUACUGUGAAGAGUAUGUUAGUAUUGGCUCCAAAGUUAUCUGAACGAAUCUUGAAUAACGACUUACUACGACAUCUAGCCAAAACUCAAGUAGAUGUAGAAGCAGGUAUCCGAACCAAUACAUGUAUCCUCUUAGGCCGACUCUCAAAAUCACUAUCACUCACCACAUGUAGAAAAGUCUUGAUACCAGCUUUUACACGUAGUUUAAGAGAUCCAUUUACACCCGCUAGAAUUGCAGGUUUGAUGGCUUUAAUGGCAACAGUUGAGUAUUAUGAAAAUGAAGAUUUAGCUGGAAAAGUUAUACCUGGAAUGGGAAUUUGUUUGUUGGAUAGAGAAAAAUCGGUUCGAGAUCAAGCUUUUAAGGCUUUAGAUAUGUUUGUUGAACGGGUUAGAAAAGCUGCUGCUGAGAUGCCGGAUACAGUGGUAACAAGUCCAUCAAAUGGUGAUUCCAACUUCCCGAGUAUUAGUUCUGCUACGGCUUCUCAACCAGGUUUGGCAAUGAGUGCUGCAGGUGCUGCAGGUGCAUUAGCAGGAUGGGCGUUUAGUUCAGUUAGUAAAAAAUUAACUUCGACUGAAAUGUCAACAUCGAUUAUAGAUAAAGGAGGAGUAUCAUUAGAGAGUCUUAGUUUAUCACAAAAUGGACUUCAAGCUAGUGGGAAUAAUUCAACUUUAAAUCCUAAACCUUUACAUCCUUCUACGACGACAAUGUUACGGUCUGAAUCUUCUAAUGUGGCUAAAGCUUUUAGUUUAGGUUCUAGUACAAAUACAUUGGGUAAUGAGACUAAAACAAAUGCAACAUGGGGUGAUGGAGAUUUGAUGGAUGUUGAAGCUGAUGUAGAUGAUUGGUCUACAUUUGAAACGGGUCCACCAACUCACGAUCCAAGUUUUGUACCACUACCAUCGACGAUUUCGAAGACUUCAAAAUUGACGACCAAGACUUCUAAAAAUAAUACGGGGACUAAAGAAAAGUUGAGACUUACGAAACCUGGGAAUGGAGUUAAAUUGAGUAAUGCUGCUUCUCUGGUUGCAGCACUUGAAGCAGAUCAAGAACUUGAAGAUUCAUGGGGAGUCGAAGUAGAAGAAUCAGAACCAACCAAUACCAAAUCAAUUGAAAAUCAAUGGGAUAAUUUUGAUGAUGAAUCUAUGACUUCUCCGGUUGGAAAAGGAUCGAGUAUGGGUUCAAAAGUGGUCAGUUCAAAGGAUGAUAAAGCUGCACAGAUGGCUAAGAUGAGAGAAGAGAGAAGGGCUAAGAUGGCGGCUUUGAAGGCUAAGAAAGCAGGAGGUACUUAGAAGCAGGAUGUGUGGAGGAGUGAAAAGAUUCAUUUCGGACUAAUGGUUUCUUAAGGUUCCUUUGGGAUUCAGAGUUUGAAUUUUGAUGAGUCUGAGAUGAUCAAAAUUUAAAACUUUGUAAAUUCUUCAUGUUUUAAAUUUCUUUUGUCAUUUCAUCUCAUGAUUUUAAUCAGAUCUUGUAUUUAUUUUUUAUACUUUUGCAUUUCAUUAUGUGAUUAGGUAUUGUCAAUAAAAUGUAUUUCAUGAUUGUUUAGUUUGGGAAUUUUUAUUUGCAUGAUUCUUCAUUUUGGUUUCUUGAUACAGAUUAAAAUAGGAUGAUAUGAAUUGCAGAGAAUGUU